CUCCAACUUAUGGUGGUGGUGGUGGUGGAAAACAGGCCCAUCAGCCUUCCUUUCCGAACCCGCCCGGGCGACGCCCGGCCGCGGCCCCGCAGGCCGCGGAGGAGCCGGCGGCGAAGCCGGUGCCGCCGCCGGAGCCGUCGGCGGCGGAGCUGGCGUGCGCGGAGGCCCCGGACCCCGCCGCGCUGGCGGCGGGGCUCCCCGGCGGCUACCGCUUCCUGCCGGGCCCGAUGCCGGCGCUGCCCGGAGAGUUCUCCGUGGUCUCGAUGAACAUCCUAGCCGCUUCGUUGGCCUCCUCGCACGGGUACUGCAAGCCAGAGCACCUGAAUUGGGAGAGCAGGAGGCAGAGGCUGCUCGAGGGACUCGUCCGAGCCGUGCCGGAUCUCAUGUCGGGCACCUUUCGGGAACCUUUCAACCCACCGCGGACAACCACUUCGGCGACAUCGCGGCCGCACUAGGCCGUGGGGGCAGAGGAACCAGCGAACCGACCAGUGCAGAAACCCCCCUGUCUGGUCGACCACGCCGCCCGCAGGAGGCGCGAGGCCA